UGCACUAAGCAGGAGAGAGACAAAGAGCUGAAAAUGGCAAAAAUAGAAGCAAAAGAUCACAGAGAAGCUCGAUCUCAGUCUUCUUUAUUCCCCAUGACUAAAGCAAUGGAAGUAUCACAGCAAAGCAACCCUGAAGGCACCUUGGAUGGGAACACUAUGGACACAACUUGCAAAUAUAUUUCAAGUGAUUUACCAAGGGAGUAUAUGUCAUCCCCGGCAAAAGCAGUUAUUAAAACUACUGACGAUUAUUUGCAGCCUCAGUUUGGCCCCCACAGACUUUUGCAUUCAGCAGCAAUAUCAGGAGGGUCAGGACUUCAAGAUUGCUCCACACAUCAAACAGCAUCAGAUCACAGCCAUGAUGAAAUAUCAGACCUAGAUAGCUACAAAUCAAACAGUAAAAACAAUUCUUGUUUUAUAUCAGUAUCCAAGAGAAACAGACCUGUCAGUGCUCCAGUGGGUCAACUGAGCGUUGCAGAGUUCUCUUCUUUAAAAUUUCAGUCAGCCCAGAACUGGCAUAAAUUGUCUCAAAGACACAAACUUCAACCAAGAGUGAUUAAAGUAACAGCCUACAAAAAUGGAUCUAGAACAGUCUUUGUCAAAGUUACUGUACCAACCAUCACCUUGUUGCUGGAAGAGUGCACGGAAAAGCUGAAUCUGAACAUGGCUGCACGACGAGUGUUCUUGGCAGACGGCAAGGAAGCCCUUGAACCUGAAGAUAUACCCCAUGAAGCCGACGUUUAUGUUUCAAUGGGAGAACCCUUUUUAGAUCCAUUCAAAAAAAUUAAAGACCAUCUGUUGUUAAUGAAGAAAGUAACUUGGACAAUGAAUGGACUGAUGCUUCCUACUGAUGUCAAAAGAAGGAAAACCAAGCCUGUUUUUUCUAUUAGAAUGAAGAAACUUACUGAGAAGACCUCAGUCCGAAUUCUGUUCUUUAAGAAUGGCAUGGGGCAGGAUGGGCAGGAGAUUACAGUGGGAAAGGAAACGAAGAAAAAGGUUUUAGAUACUUGUACAAUGAGACUGAAUCUAAAUUCACCAGCCAGAUAUCUUUAUGAUCUGUAUGGCAGAAAAAUUGAAGAUAUUUCAAAAGUUCCUCUGCUUGAAAAAUGCCUGCAAAAUUCCAUCACACCUUUGCGAGGACCACUUUGGGUCUCUAAGGGAGAAGGUUUCAGCCCCUCAGGAGCUAAGAUGUACAUCCAAGGAGUUCUUUUGGCCUUGUACCAACGAUUAAAGUCUGCAAAAAAAUAUUAUAAACAGUUGACCCUGGCAGUGAAUGAACAGAAGGAGAAAAUUACAGAAAAAGUCAUUCUUUCAAUGACAGCAAAGGAACACCAUAAUGCACAAGAAGAAGUAAGCAGACUGAUUGAUGAAUUGCAGACAGCUAUCAAAAGCAACAGAGGUCAUCUCUCUAAACUUGGCCCCCAAUUACAGGCUGAGCAGGAGCAAUUCUCCUCUUAUAUCUACAAACACAUUAAAAGCCUUCCAGCAAACACUUUUAUCCCAGGAGGACUGCAGCUCAAGAUAUUUGAAAAUGGUAAAGACACUGGAGAGACCUCUGUUUAUAUCAGUAAAAAAGAUUUGGGUUCUAAUAGCCCAACUCAAACUGGAAAUAUGGAGAGAUUACUUCUCAAGAUUCAUCAAAAGCUUCAAGGGUCUUCCAUCAGCCCACCAGGCCUCAAUUUUUCUUCAAUCCAGCUUUUUGAUGAGCAUGGUCAAGAAAUUAAGAAUCCACUUUCACUGGAGAACAAGCAAAAAAUUUGGGUUUCUUAUGGUAAAGCAUACAGAUCUCCAUUAAUCCCUGUUUUGGGUUUGACCUUUGACCAAGUGACUAUGUUUGACAGAGGUGGCAUCACAGUUGCAUAUAAGACCAUUUUGGAUCCUAAUGCUGUUCUACUACAUGGAUGUGACAAUUGGGAAAUUUGUGAGGGAUUUCCAAUUAAUUUCAACUGCACCAGUCAACAGAUACCUGAUCAAUUUGAAAAAGUGGACUUGGGGAACCAUUUCCUACAGAACAAGGUGGAUCCCAACGUUGUUCUUCAUGCCUCUGUUUCUAUUGGAAAGCGGAGUUCCUCAAGUAGUGAGGUGAGCAGUGGGAGUCAGAUUGCACCAUCGACCCUGUGGCCUGCAACCAGUGCGUGGCUGAUCACAAAGACUGGAAUGAUCCUGAGCCGCGCAGUAACUCAGGGCUGCCUAGCUAGUGGUCAUCCAAUAAGAGUCAAGACCGCUGAGGGAACAUCCCUGGAAGGAUAUAAAUUAAUCCUACAGAAAAGACACAAAGGAGAUGAGUCUCAGAAGUGGGUGUUUGGAACUGAUGGCUGUAUUUAUUCUAAGGCUUAUCCUCAGUUUGUUCUGACCUACCUACAGGAGCUAAAUGCACAAGUGGAUGUGACCCAGGCAGAGUACCACAUUCACCAUGGAGCCUGGAUCACAGCUCAUCAGGAACAUAGCAGAAGCAUAGCAGAAGAGGUCCUGCAAAAAAGUGCCAGUAACCCUGGUCUGAAGCAACUGCCAGAACCCUCAGACACCCAUUUAAUGCCAGAAGGUUCUCUUGAGGAGACAAGGCAGCUGACAGUGGCACUGGUGAGGAAACUGGAAGAGAAACAUCCUAAGGCUUCUGCUCAGAGAUGGGCCAUAAAGCACGAAGGGACCAGUAAGCCAUGCCAGUGGAAACAUUCCAGAGUUGAAAAUCCCUUAUGGAACAAGCUUACCUACAUGUGGCCAGUCCUUCCCAGCGGCCAACUUAAUGAGGAGUUUGAUUGGCCAAUAGAAGGACUUCUUGUUCCAAACAGUCCUCCCAUGAAGAAACCUACGUGUAAGACACCAGAACAAUGUGUCCCUGUGAAGCUCCGAGUUUUGCCAAAUGGAGAAAAGGAUAAAAACAGAUCCCUUACUGUAAUUAGUCCGGAUAUCUCACCUGGACGGAAAAUGCAGUGCACUGAAAUUUUAAAUUUACCUUCUGCAGCUCGAAGAUUGUUCAAUGAAAAGGGGAAGGAAAUCUUUGCCCUAAAAGACCUGCAAAGAGAUGAAUUGGUGUAUGUUUCAUGUGGAGAACAUUGGAUCAAUCCUGACCUGUCCAUUGCUCAGCAAAAGAAGCAAAUCUUCCUGAGGAACCUAGCAUCAGACAUUUCCAAAAUUCAAACUUUCUGCAGCACACAUAAGGCAGAGGAGGCUCUUGUUUUAGAAGUCCAAAGUGACAUUGUGUCUGGAGGCAAGCUUGCUGUGAAUAAACCUAUAGCAAUUUUUGGAGAAGAGAAGCAAGUUAAAGAACCAGAGGAAAAGCAAAUGCCAAAAGAUGCUUCCAGUGAAAUUCUAGAUUCACAUGCAAGAGCCCAUCUCCGCAUGGAGGCUUGUCACAAACUUCUCAGGUAUGCCUGGCAGGAAACUUUGCAUGACCUUGACAAGGAUGACAGUCUUCCAAAGAAAAUGGAAGAAGAGCUCUUUGAAAAUGUGGAACCCCAGAAGAAAUACAGCUGUUCACCAAAGCAUAGUAAAUUGCAGAAGCUCUGCCAUCAGCAAUUUGAAUACAGAGAUGGACAAAUUAUAAGCCAUGCUGCUCCUCAGCUAGUCUUGGGGGUACAAGGUCCCCACCUCUGUUCAGGCACGGAAGUGCUUUUGGUGGAGAAGAAAUCUGAUGGUAGUCAUCAACGCUGGAUACACAAAGAAGACAGCAGGACCUUUCACCUGGCGAGUAACCCAGACUUUGUACUGGCCGUGUCUAUGACCAGGGCUAGAGAUGAAGUCUGUGGCUAUCCAGUUAUUGUUCAGAAAUAUAAGCCAUACAACAAUGGAACUGCCAAUCAAAAGUGGCGUUACAUAGAAAAUAUGAAAGCAUUUAUGGCUUUUUAUAGCUCUUCCCUGGAUAAGGAAAUCACAUCCGCAAAUUAUGCUGGUGUUUGUACAUCGUCUGUGAUUAAAGAAGAAAACAUUGAUCAACCAGGAUACUAUUAUCUCUCACCUGGUGGAAAAAGAAAAAUGAUGCUGUGCUUGGCUUGUGGACGAUCCAUGAGAGCAGAGAAGGGACUGAAACAGUUGCUUCCAGGGGUUCCAUUCCUCUGUGCUUCUGGCUUCAAGACCCAGAAGCCCUUCUCACGAGGGCCUUUCAAGAUCAUCAGUGUGGCCGAGGCUGAUUUAUCGUCUUAUGAGGCUGAAAAAACUCUAAGUUAUUACAAAGAACGCCUACUGUCUUUACGGAUGAAGACCUGUACACAAGCUGCACCUCACAGUGGUAUGGUAACUACGCACCAGAAGGCAGUGAAAAUAAUUGCAUACAGAAAUGGGGAUGGAUAUCAUAAUGGGAAGUUAAUUGUGGCCAGAACAUUCCCCAUGCUUCUUACAGAAUGCACGAAACAACUUGGGCUUGCCAGAGCAGCCUCCAAAUUAUAUACCAAAGACGGAACCACAAUCCUUACCUUGCGUGAUUUGGUUUUAUGGGCUGUAGAUGAAUCCUUUAUCCGGAACGACUCUGCGAAACAAAAGAAAGAUGCAGCUUCUGCUGGAACAGAAGAGAUAACUACUAAAAGCAUGGAAGAAAACCUGAGAAUGAAAGUGAAAAACAAAUUAGUUCCAAAGUCUGUGACAUCUGAUAGUUUGGAUGGUAUAGAAAACUCUUUACUCACCCCUAUCCUCAGAAAACCUACCGCUGUGUGGGUAUCUUGUGGUGAACCAUUUCUAUCUCCAAAUGCUUUGCAGAAAGCAGAAAAACUAGAGAAACAGAACUGGCUAAAAAAGGACAAAAUUUUGGCUGAUCUAGAUACCAUGAAACACAAAAUGAGACAGUUAAAAGGGCGGCGAGUAGCAGCAUGUCAGCCAGCCACCAUGGUUGCCACCAAAAGCCCUGUGCAGCCGGUGGUGGUUGAAGGAGGCUGGACUGAGCAGACUCAAGAGGAAAUUAAACUCAUGGAACUUAUAAGACAUACAGAGGCACACCUUUCUGAAGUUCAAGAACUGCAAUCCAAAAGAAAUUCUCCAGUUGCAACUAAACAUAUAGCAGUCCAGCAGAGCAGCCUCUAUAAGCAACCCAAUACAAAACGGGUAUGGAUUUACCUAAAUGGAGGCAGACCUGAAGAUGGCACUUACGCCUGGGGCAAAACUAUUUCAGAGCUGCUGGAUGACUGCUCCUCUCGGCUCAAAAUGGCCCACCCAGCCAGAACACUGUACACUCCAGAUGGAGAGCUGAUUCAGUCAUGGGAUGACAUAGAGCGGGACAUGGUUAUAUGUGUGUCUACGGGACAUGGCUUUAUAACCACAAAAGAGUUAAAACAGCUGAUGGAGGUCAGAGCAAAUUAUGCCAGAAUCCGAAGGCAGCAGGGUCCUCAAGCCACAGACAUCGUGGUGUCUCCAUCUGUGAAGGUGCUCUCUCUGGUACAUCUACACAAUUGA